CUUUUGUAACACAAUGUUUUAGAGGGAUGUUAUAAAAAUUUCUGUCCCCAAUUUUGUGACGUCAGUUCAGAAUGGAGAUAUACAAUAGACCUCCGAGUGAAACAUAAAUGUUAAAUGCAUUCAAAAUGUUGACGUAAAGGCUAAUAUAUUUUGGUUUUUGGAUAGACAAAUAUUCUUUAUUACAUCUAAAUCAGUGUAAUGGAUUCUGAGCCAACACCAGCUGGAGAAGGUCUCAAGAAAUCAUUGCUACAAGCGGCAAGAAAAUGUGACAUGGAGACCAUGUCAAAACUUCUGGGCGAGUGGAGAAAUAUUGAUCUCUCGUUUACAGAUGAUGCUGGCAAAACUCUUCUCCACCAUUGUACUUCAGCAGGAGAUAAAGAGAAUUCCAUACUUUUAUUAGAACGAGGAGCACCGCCAAACAAAGCAGAUAAUAUGGGAUUGACACCAUUACACUAUGCCGCUAAGAAAGAUUUCACAGACAUUAUUGAAUCCUUAGUGACUCAUGGCGCGGCUGUUAAUGCCAUAGAUACGAAAACUGCGCAGACAGCAUUACACAUCACUGUAUCGAAGAAUUUUCUGACAACAGCUCAAUUUUUACUGUUUAGCGGUGCAGAUGCCUCAAUGAAAGAUAAGCAAGGAAAAUCACCAAUAGCGUUAUGCAGAUCAAAAGAAAUGCGGAACUUGCUGGCGGGUUUUGCUCAGAGUACGCAAGGUGGUCUCCGAGAGAUCCAGUUACAAACAGUUGAUAUGCAAGGUGGCACCAAAACUUUUUGUGAUCGCCUAGAUCUCAUGAUAGAUUAUACAGAUGCUUCACCUGACGACAAAUUUUCUGUAAUGUGCCGGAAGCAAGCUAUUGACUAUUCUGACGAGGACUUCGGACUGAUGGAUAGAGACGAAAUUUUUAGUGAUGUCGUUAACUACAGGUUAGGUAGGAAAGGUCGACAAACUACAGCUACCCUCACUGUACCAAUAUUUGGCGAACUUGAGAUGAGAGAAGAGCUCGUGCUAAAAGGAAAUCGUGGUUAUUCUGUUCCGAUAACUUCACUAAAAAAUGAAGGGCAGAAAUAUUAUGCCAUCGUUACAAUUGAUAUGUCAUUACUUGAUGCUUUCGUUGUUGUGAGUCGUCCAAUUAAAGAAGUUUUCAGUGUAGAUUCGACAGCUGUUGUUCUCAAAUCAAUGGUUAACCCAGGUGUACAACUAGUCAUUCCUCCUGAAACAUUUGACGAAAGAACAAAAUUAACCUUAGAAAUAACAGAUUCACCAAAUCCUGAACUUUUUGCAACCACUAAAAUGGAAAAUGUGUAUUCGUGCACAUGUUUUUGUAGUGUUCAUACAGAAAACAAAGUUGGACCAAAAAAUGACGUCAUAUUUCGUUUUCCAUUGCCAGAAGAAUAUGGUCAAGGUGGUCAACUAUAUGCAUUUCAGUCUAAUGUGUAUGAAAUAGGAGAUGUCAGUGCGGACAGUUGGGCAGCCUUAAAUACAAAUCUCAAUAUUUCUAACAAACUUGUAGAAUUUUCGUCACGAACAUUUUCAGUCAAAGCAUGUGUGGAAACGAAGAAGGGAAUCGAUCCUUCAACAUUAACAGAUAAGGUACACAUUGCAUUUGAAAAAGCUAAAAGACGAGAAUAUACUGUUAUGUUUUUAGUCAUGUCGAAACGUAUUGGCAAUGGAAAUACUUUUACCAUCAUUGUUGAGUGUACCAAAGUUGAAAAUGCCGAAAGUCGAAAACAGUAUUGGUUAGAGGAAGGAUAUACCGAUCAAAAACCUACGCAAUCGUCAUGGUUUGAGGCUUAUUCCAGAUUCAAAUAUAGAUGUAAACUAAGCAAGUCAUUUCAAAAUCUACUUGUGAACGAUUCUGACGAAGUUUAUCUGCAGUUUCAUGCAAGAAGGAUAAAUUAUCAAUGUUUUACUCUGCAAAUGGCAGAAAACUUUGACGAAGCUAAAGGUGAUUUACAAAUAUUUUCUGUGAAAUCAACGAAGGCACGAGAUGAAAAUAAAGAUCUGUCUAUUCGAACUGAGAAACCUGAUAAAACGCAACCAGACAAACCAUUAGCCACUAUUUCCAUUCAACUAUUUCGAAAUGUUAGACCAACACUCAUAACUCCAAAUAUCCCUCCAAUGUCUCCUACCAUGGAUGAUUUUAGAUCGCCAACUAGAACAACGAUGACGCCGUUAGAUGUUGCACCAUCAAUGUCUAGAAUGAGUAUGAAAGUUGUCAACUUUAAAGAGGAGGCGAAGGGUGAUCCUUCCUGGAAAGGAUUUACAAAUGACUCAUUUUUACAUGGACUAUUAGACCAACUGGACGAAGAAUGGUAUAAGCUUGUUGUGUUAUUAGGAAUUCCUUAUAAGGAAGUUGACAAUGUACUUCAUAUGACAGAAGCUACGCAAGACCAAAAAAUAUAUCAUUUUUUACUACGAUGGAGAGAUAGUAGUAGAGCAAGAGACGACCUAGGAAUGGCAAAUCUUAUAACUGCUGUGUCAAAAGGAGGCAGGCGAGAUAUAUGUACCUCAAUUUUACUAGACAUGAAACAAUGGUAUGAAAAUGACGGCAACAAGAAAACUAAAUUUUGGCGAUGGGUAAACAAAGCUUUUACAGAUUCUGACAUUUACAACCCUGGAGAUUAUCCACCACCCAUGUCUGAUCAAUUCUUGGUACUGUUAACUCAGUCGAUAGAAAAUCCAAACUUUGAAGUAGGCGUGUCUCUCGGGGUGUCUAGAGUUGACACAAACAGUAUACUGGAGGAUAAAUUGAUGGCCACCGAAGAACAUAAAUUACUGGCGAUUUUUGUUGAAGCAAGAGAUAAGAAAUCAUCAAAAAGUGAGGCUUUACGGGGUUUUGUUAAUGCUAUGGGCGAGGUAGAAAUGUUAGUUGGAAAGAAAUGGGUAAUAAUGGCAGCGGAAAAUUGGCUUGAAGCAAACAAGAAAAAUGAUGACCCUUUUGUCAAAGAAGUGGAAUCAGUUUUGCGGCCUAUGCACUUGACCAGUUGACUAUUUGUAUUUGAAAGAAUAUAAUAAAGAUAUUUUGAUUGAAAUGAAA